AACGCGAAAGCUAACUCGAAGUUCAGGGAUGCGGCAAGUGCGCGCAGAACGCAUGGUAUUGCGCUCAUCCCGCAUGAUUUUGCACUCGAACAGUCUCGUCCUCUCGGCGCCAAUAUCAAAGUAAUCGGUGCAAUUUCACCAGAGCCUGCGCGGAAGCUUCCAGAGUAUUGGGAUAAGUCUAUGAGUGAAAAUAAGGUCGUUGUAGUCGUUUCAUUUGGCACAAUUCUCUCCGACUAUCCAAUAAACCUUGCUCAAAGUAUUGCGGAUGAACUAAGCCAGGUUUCUGCUGCUGUUUUGUGGAAAUAUUCUGGUACACUGCCAAAAAAUCUCGGUAAAAAUUUAAAGAUUAUUCCAUGGAUUCCUAGAAACGAGUGUUCAUUUAAUGACAUUUUAGGCCAUUCGUCUACCAAAGUUUUUGUCACCCAUGGUGGGUUGAAUGGCUUUCAGGAAAGUGUCUACCAUGGGAUCCCUAUGGUUGUCGUACCAAUGACAGGUGACCAACCCAGACAGGCAGAUUUGGUACGAUAUAAAGAGCUUGGUGUGGCCAUCGAAUGGAAGUCUAUAAAUGCCAAUGGCAAAGUGUUGCGAAAUGCUAUCAAUGAGGUGUUAGGUAACAAAGUUUAUAAGGAAAAUAUCAAAAGACUUUCAACAAUAAUGCGGGACAGAAAACAGACCCCCAGCCAGGAAGGUGCAGAUUGGAUUGAAUAUGCAUUACAUCAUGAUGGUGCGCUUCAUCUCACCAGCGAAGCAAUUGAUUUACCAGAGUAUAAAUUGCAUAUGUUUGAUGUUUUCACCUUCCUUCUUGUCGUAGUAUGCCUCGUUAUUUAUCUCAUACUACGUUUGUGCUGCUGUAUUUUUCGUGCUUGUCGGAGAAAGAUGCAAGUUAAAGAGAAGCAGACUUAAGCGUGGACCUUUUUAAAACAAUUGCCAUUUAAUACUGGUGUAGAAACUAUUUUUUUUCGCUUCAUCUAUCAUUCUUUUAGAUGUAAAAAAAAGAAUAGUAAAUUUUCUUUUGGUGUGGUUUGCAAUGCAUUUAACUGACUUAUUUAAUUUUAAUUGAUAUAAUGAGCAAUUCCAGCUAUAUACUAAAUUCUGAUCUAGGCAAGAAGAACAAAAACCAUCACCACAGCUAGAAAGAGCAUGUUAAAAUUAGUAAAAUUGCAACGUUUGGUUGCGAAAUGUUGUAAAAUGCGGAAAUUACGCACUAAAGUUGUAUUACGCACGGGAAAAUGCACCACAUUUGGGCCAAAAGUGGUGCAAAUUCCCGUGCGUAAUACAAAUUAAUACAAAAUUUCGCAGGACUAUAGUUUCCGUAGCAUUUUACAAUAUUUCGCAACCAAACUUUGCAAUUUUACUAAUUUAAACAUGCUCUUUCUAGCUGUGGUGAUGGAUUUUGUUCUUCUUGCCUAGAUCAAAAUUUAGUCUAUAGCAGGAAUUGCCCAUCCUGGUCAGCGAGAUCUCCCGGUAGAUAAUGGUAUUAAUGCCAUAUUAAAGAUACAUGGUAUGGCAGGAUAUUGAGGGUACUGGAAUAGCAUAUUUGAACUCUUGACCUUCGAAAUGAUAUUAUUAUUUGAUUAUUAUUAUUUCUAUUAUUUUUUUAUGGUUUAUUUAAAAAUUUCACAAAUUCUAUUCCGCUGUUGCAAACAUGUUUCCCGGCCGUAUAUCACUGCGAUACUGCCUGGCACGAGUUUAUUUCUGCAACAGGCCAACUAUGUAAUAUAUUCAAAAUAGAAAAGUUAAUGAUGGGUAUAAUUUAUGAUAACAAGUCCAAAAAUUACGACACAUGAUAACACAUAUUGCUGCUUCGCUCCCUGCGAUAGCAAUAAAUUGUGUCAUUUUCCGUCAAUUCAAUCGCGGCGAAACUUUUAAAAUGAAACAGAUGCACACAUUACCAAUUCGUCUAUUUUGCCUAAUUCUUGUAUCCGUAUAUUUGGUCAAGCAAGCACGAUGUGGACAUGUACUUGGUUUCGCCUCCUUGGGCUAUGUCAGUCACCAUCGAGUGUUAUGGAAGCUUGGCAAAGAGCUUCAAACAAGAGGACACAAAUACACUCACAUUUUACCCAAUUUUGCGAAGGAAACCUACGAUGACGUGAACAUAAAGGUAUUCAAUUCAUCGUUAAUCAACGAAAAUAUUGAAAAUUGGUUUUUAAAGUUCGCGAGUUUAGGCGACUACAGUAAGGACAUGUUCGUAUUACUUGAAGUAUUGAGGAAAAUAGCGCCAGAACGCGGUCGGAUGCUGCGACAGUUUUGUGAGGACUUUUUAAAACACGAAAGCUUGAUUGCAGAACUUAAAGCAUCUGUUGAUUUAGUACUGUGCGACGUGGCAAAUGACUGCUGUCAUAUUUUGGCAGAUAUGUUGAAUGUAACUCGUGUUGAUGUGUCUACAGUGGGGUUUGCGGGUGUUAUUGGUGCAUAUCUGUUCGGUCUCCCCCAACCAUCAGUGUAUGUGACGUUAGAGACUCAGAUAUUAUUGCCAAUAGAUAAUAGAUUUUCAUUUAUAAACCGACUGAAAGGUUUUGUGAUUUGCAUGGGUGUUUGGCAUAUUUUCAGCAAUCCUGAACUGGAACAUCUCUGGGAAAAGAACGCGAAAGCUAACUCGAAGUUCAGGGAUGCGGCAACUGCGCGCAGAACGCAUGGUAUUGCGCUCAUCCCGCAUGAUUUUGCACUCGAACAGUCUCGUCCUCUCGGCGCCAAUAUUAAAGUAAUCGGUGCAAUUUCACCAGAGCCUGCGCGGAAGCUUCCAGAGUAUUUGGAUAAGUAUAUGAGUGAAAAUAAGGUCGUUGUGGUAGUCUCAUUUGGCACAAUUUUCUCAGACUAUCCAAUAAACCUUGCUCAAAGUAUUGCGGAUGAACUAAGCCAGGUCCCUGCUGCUGUUUUAUGGAAAUAUUCCGGUACGCUGCCAAAAAAUCUCGGUAAAAAUUUAAAGAUUAUUCCAUGGAUUCCUAGAAACGAGUGUUCAUUUAACGACAUUUUAGGUCAUUCGUCUACCAAGGUUUUUGUCACCCAUGGUGGGUUGAAUGGCUUUCAGGAAAGUGUCUAUCACGGGAUCCCUAUGGUUGUUAUACCAAUGGCAGGUGACCAACCCAGACAGGCAGAUUUGGUACGAUAUAAAGAGCUUGGUGUGGCCAUCGAAUGGAAGUCUAUAAAUGCCAAUGGCAAAGUGUUGCGAAAUGCUAUCAAUGAGGUGUUAGGUAACAAAGUUUUUAAGGAAAAUAUCAAAAGACUUUCAACAAUAAUGAAAGACAGAAAACAGACCCCAAGCCAGGAAGGUGCAGAUUGGAUUGAAUAUGCAUUACGUCAUGAUGGUGCGCCUCAUCUCACCAGCGAAGCAAUUGAUUUACCAGAGUAUAAAUUGCAUAUGUUUGAUGUUUUCAUCUUCCUCCUUGUCGUAGUAUGCCUCGUUAUUUAUCUCAUACUACGUUUGUGCUGCUGUAUUUUUCGUGCUUGUCGGAGAAAGAUGCAAGUUAAAGAGAAGCAGACUUAAUAAGCCUGGACCUUUUUAAAACAUUUUCCAUUACUGGCGUAGACACUACAACUUUUUUCGCCUAAUCAAAAACAUGGUCUGCAAUGUUAUUCCGCUGUAUCAUUCUUGCAGAUGUAAAAAAAUGUUUUUAUAGUAAAUUCUUUUGGUGUGGUUUGCAAUGCAAUUAACUGACUUAUUCAAUUCUAAUUGAUGUAAUUCUGCAACAUAGUCAUAGAUCCCGAUCUAAUUCUGCAAUAUAUAGUCAUAAAUCCCAGCUACCGCAUUACAGAGCGGCUCUAUAUUGUGUACAAUUCAUUGAAAAAUUGGCCUGAAUUAUGCGCAUGAUCACUGAUUAUAAAGUAAUGGGUAGAAGUGGUAAAACAGGGAACUAAUUUCUUGUUAUACGAAAGUAAUUUUGUAACCGUUAAUUAUUUUUCGGUUCUCGUGCGACGCGUCGAGCGCUCUAGUACUCUACAGCUUAGAGUCCGAGAGAAGAACAAUGAUUUGGUAGAAGUAGGCUAAUUUAUAAUACAGGUUUUGCUGCUUUUGCACUAUUACUUAGCGGCUGUUUAUAUGGAAGCCGAGCUGGCCCGCUAAAGGCUAGUUAUCCGUGGAUUGGAACGGACAAGAAAAUUUUUUUUGUCUUGUGAGCUCUGGGGUGGAACUAAUGACUUAUAACACAAAGAAAAAUGUUCUUGUCCGCGUUCCAAUCCACGGAUAAUUUCCCUGAGUGGCUGGUCAGCGACAACGAGAUUAUAAAAUGUAACAUAAUGCCAUAGGAUGCAUGGUAAUUUUAACUCUUGACAUUCGAAGUGAUAUUAUUAUUUGAUUAUUAUUAUUUUUAUUAUUUUUUUAUGGUUUAUUUAAAAAUUUCACAAAUUCUAUUCCGCUGUUGCAAACAUGUUUCCCGGCUGUAUAUCACUGCGAUACUGCCUGGCACGAGUUUUUUCCUGCAACAGGCCAACUAUGUAAUAUAUUCAAAAUUGAAAAGUUAAUCAUGGGUAUGGUUUAUGAUAACAAGUCCAAAAAUUAUGACAUGUCUUUGCUUCCUCGCUCACUGCGACAGCAAUAAAUUGUGUCAUUGUCCAUGAAUUCACGCGUGGUGAUACUUCUAAAAUGAAACAGAUGCCCACAAUGCCAGCUCGCCUAUUUUGCCUAAUUUUUGUAUCCGUAUAUUUGGUCAAGCAAGCACGAUGUGGACAUAUACUCGGUUUCGCAGCCUUGGGCUAUGUCAGUCACCAUCGACUGUUAUGGAAACUUGGCAAAGAACUUCAGACAAGAGGACACAAAUACACUCAUAUUUUACCGAAUUUUGCGAAGGAAACCUACGAUGACGUUGACAUAAAGAUAUUCAAUUCAUCAUUAACCAACGGAAAUAUUGAAGAUUGGUUUUUAAAGUUCGCGAAAGUAAGCGACUACCAUACGGACGUGUUCGCAUUAUUUGAAGUGUUGACCAAAUCCUGGCCAGCACACAAGCAGAUGUAUCGACAGUUUUGUGAGGACUUUUUAAAACAUGAAAGCUUGAUUGAAGAACUUAAAGCAUCUGUUGAUUUAGUACUGUGCAACUUUAUAAGCGAGUGUUGUUAUAUUUUGGCAGAUAUGUUGAACGUGACUCGUGUUGACGUCUCUACAUUCGGGUUUUCGGGUGCUGUUGGUGCAUACAUGUUCGGUCUCCCCCAACCAUCAGUGUAUGUGACUUUAGAGGCUCAAAUAUUAUUGCCAAGCGCAAGCAAACUUUCAUUUAUAAAUCGACUGAAAGGUUUUCUGGCUUGCAUGGGUGUGUGGUAUACUUACAGCAAACCUGUACUGGAAGAUCUCUGGGAGAAGAACGCGAAAGCUAACUCAAAGUUCAGGGAUGCGGCAACUGCGCGCAGAACGCAUGGUAUUGCGCUCAUCCCGCAUGAUUUUGCACUCGAACAGUCUCGUCCUCUCGGCGCCAAUAUUAAAGUAAUCGGCGCAAUUUCGCCAGAGCCUGCGCGGAAGCUUCCAGAGUAUUUGGAUAAGUAUAUGAGUGAAAAUAAGGUCGUUGUAGUAGUUUCAUUUGGCACAAUUUUCCGCUCAGACUAUCCAAUAAACCUUGCUCAAAGUAUUGCGGAUGAACUAAGCCAGGUCCCUGCUGCUGUUUUAUGGAAAUAUUCUGGUACACUGCCAAAAAAUCUCGGUAAAAAUUUAAAGAUUAUUCCAUGGAUUCCUAGAAACGAGUGUUCAUUCAAUGACAUUUUAGGCCAUUCGUCUACCAAGGUUUUUGUCACGCAUGGUGGGUUGAAUGGCUUUCAGGAAAGUGUCUAUCAUGGGAUCCCAAUGGUUCUCAUACCAAUGACAGGUGACCAACCCAGACAGGCAGAUUUGGUACGAUAUAAAGAGCAUGGUGUGGCCAUCAAAUGGAAGUCUAUAAAGGCUAAUGGCAAAGUGUUGCGAAAUGCUAUCAAUGAAGUGUUAGGUAACAAAGUUUAUAAGGAGAAUAUCAAAAGACUCUCGACAAUAAUGCGGGACAGAAAACAGACCCCCAGCCAGGAAGGUGCAGAUUGGAUUGAAUAUGCAUUACGUCAUGAUGGUGCGCUUCAUCUCACCAGCGAAGCAAUUGAUUUACCAGAGUAUAAAUUGCAUAUGUUUGAUGUUUUCAUCUUCCUUCUUGUCGUAGUAUGCCUCGUUAUUUAUCUCUUACUACGUUUGUGCUGCUGUAUUUUUCGUGCUUGUCGGAGAAAGAUGGAAGUUAAUUAA